AAUUGACGAAAAGUGAAAAAUAUUGAAAAUCCAACGUAAUGACGAGUUCAAAUGCAACAGAUGAUCAGCAGCAGCAAGGGGCGGAGGCUCUAACCUAUAAAGACAAAGGUAAUCAGGCAUUCAAAGAUGGCAAAUACGAGGAGGCCAUUAAAUUCUAUACACAGGCCAUAAAGAAGGGCGACAAACACAAGGAGUUGCCGAUAUUCUAUAAAAAUCGUGCACAGGCCUAUUUGAAGGAAUCCAAAUGGGAAGAGGCAUUGGCUGAUUGUAAUGAAUCACUGAAAUUGGCACCCAAAGAUCCAAAGGCGCUGUUCAGAAGAGCUCAAGCCUAUGAAGGAUUGAAAAAAUAUCCUGAAGCUUACAAAGAUGCUACAGAUUUAUUUAAAGCUGACCCCGGUAACCAAUCGGUACAGCCUAUGCUGAAACGUCUUCAUUUGAUUGUACAAGAGAAGGCUGCCGAAAAUGCCAAGACUUCGAAUAAAGUGCAACAAAUGAUGGAAUUGGGUUUCGAAAUGGCAACACCAAUUGAUAAGCGUCGUUCGGCGGUAAAUAACCUCUUAGUUUUGGCUAAAGAUGAAGUUGGUGCUGAUAUGCUGUACAAGGCAGGCUGUGUACAGAAAAUAGCUUCAAUUACAAAAGUCGAAAAAAAUGCUGAUAUUUAUGUAAAUUUCGUUCGUGUUGUGGCGGAAUUGUGUAACAAUUCAGUGGAACGCACGAAGGGUGUACUAACAGAACUGGGUGUACCAUGGUUUAUGCGUGUUCUCGAUCACAAGCAUGAGGAACGUGUGUCUGCGGCACAAUACUGCUUACAGACAAUCCUAAACGCCCUUUCCGGCAUGGACAUAAAACCCGACAGUAAACCAAAUAAGGAAUUGGUUCAGGCGAAUCAAAAGGAAAUCGAUACCAUGUUGUCAUGCCUCUUGUACAGUGUUACAGAUCGCACAAUUUCAGGACCUGCACGUGAUGCUGUCAUCGAAUUGUUAACACGUAAUGUCCACUAUACUGCUCUGGAAUGGGCUGAACGUCUAGUAGAACUUAGAGGUCUUUGCCGUUUGCUAGAUGUCUGUUCUGAAUUGGAGGAAUACAAAUAUGAAAGUGCCAUGGAUAUCACACCCUCUUCGCGUACCAUUGCAGCUGUCUGCUUGGCGCGCAUCUAUGAAAACAUGUAUCACGAUAAGGCUCGUGCCCGCUUUAUGGAACAAAUUGAUGAAUAUAUUAAGGAUAAGCUAUUGGAUCCUGAAUUAGAGUCCAAGGUGAGAGUAACUGUCGCCAUUACAUCUCUACUCUUGGGUCCUUUGGAUGUUGGUAAUCAAAUCAUUGGCAGAGAUGGCAUUUUGCAAAUGAUUUUGGCCAUGGCCACCACCGAUGAUGUUUUACAACAAAAAGUUGCCUGCGAAUGUAUCUACGCUGCUGCCUCGAAGAAGGACAAAGCAAAGGCCCUGUGUACCGGAGGUGUUGAUAUUCUCAAGAAACUUUAUCACUCUAAGGAUGAUGGUAUUCGUGUGCGUGCCUUGGUGGGCCUUUGCAAAAUUGGCAGUUAUGGUGGUGAAGAUGCCGGCAUUCGCCCAUUCGCUGAUGGUGCCAAUCUAAAAUUGGCCGAAGCUUGUCGCCGCUUCCUCAUUAAACCUGGCAAGGAUAAGGAUAUUCGCCGUUGGGCUGCCGAUGGUUUGGCCUAUUUGACAUUAGAUGCCGAGGUCAAGGAGAAAUUAAUUGAGGAUAAGGCUGCCAUUCAUGCCCUCAUCGAUUUGGCCCGCACCGGAGAUCAGUCGUGUUUGUAUGGUGUGGUCACGACUUUUGUGAAUCUGUGCAAUGCCUACGAGAAACAGGAAAUCUUACCCGAAAUGAUUGAACUGGCCAAGUUUGCCAAGGUUCAUAUACCCGAGGAACAUGAUUUGGAUGAUCACGACUUCGUUCAAAAGCGUAUUGCAGUUUUGGCCAACGAGGGCAUCACCACCGCCCUUGUGGCUUUGUCCAAAACGGAGAGUAACAAUUCCCGUGAAUUGAUUGCUCGGGUACUCAAUGCUGUUUGCAGUUUGCAAGAGUUACGCGGCAAAGUGGUUCAGGAUGGUGGUGUGAAGUGUCUGCUCAAAUUGGCUUUGGAGGGUACUGAUAAAGGUAAACGUCAUGCCUCCCAGGCCCUGGCACGUAUUGGUAUUACCAUAAACCCUGAAGUAGCCUUUGCUGGACAAAGAAGUUUGGAUGUCAUCAGACCACUGUUGAAUUUAUUGCCACAGGAGUGUACAGCUCUGGAAAAUUUCGAAGCUCUUAUGGCCCUUACAAAUUUGGCUGCUAUGAACGAAAGUGUUCGACAACGUAUCCUGGAAGAACAAGGUCUGACGAAAAUUGAAUUCUAUCUUAUGGAAGAUCAUGAACUGUUGACUAGAGCUGCUGCCCAAUGUCUGUGCAAUAUGGUUAUGUCUGAUGAGGCAAUUAAGCGAUUUGAAGGCGACAAUGAUCGUGUGAAAUUCUUAGCUUUACUCUGCGAAUUGGAAGAUGAAGAAACUGUUAAAGCCUGUUCGGGUGCCUUGGCCAUCCUAAGUUCCAGUUCGAAGAAAUGCAUUAAGAAAAUAUUCCAAAUUAAAAAUUGGCUUGAAAUUUUACAUGUUCUCAUUGCCAAUCCCAGCCCGGCGGUACAACAUCGUGGUGUCGCCUUGAUAUUGAAUAUGAUUAAUGCUGGUGAAGAUAUUGCUAAAGAACUUUUGCAAACGGAUAUUAUGGAACUGUUAAGUGGCUUGUCGCAGCUACCCGAUGAUGAACGUGCCAAAGCAAGAGAAUUGGCAGCUGAAUGCCUAAAGGCGGCUGAACGUUAUAAUCUUAUUGCAAAAGCUGAAUAG